AGACAAUCAGCCCUGGAGAUUUACAUACGGCUGAUUCUUGUCUGCGACAUCAAUCUUUUCUGUUUCGAACAUACUGCUGGGACAUUACCCUGUUAUCAACAAUCAAUAUUCUUGUCGUCGCACUGGUGUAUACUGUAUACGAUAUAGAAACUUAGUGCUUCCAUGUCCGAUUGAACGUUAAUUUCCGAGACCGAGCGACGAACUUCCCGGCUGCCCCGGGUUUUGAGUCCCUCAUUAGACGGCGGACGUAAACUCCAGGCCCCCCCCGAUCACAGUUCUAUCGCGAAUUACUCGACGCCUUCUCUUCCCCCUUCGCCCCCUCGAUAUCUCAUAAAACCAAAGUAUCUCAGUAGUCCAUAAUGGACGACUCGUCGCCUCCCGAGAGUAUCGACAACACCAAGGAGAAGAAGAAGAGCAGAAGACCCGCGAAUACCGCGUUUCGCCAGCAACGAUUGAAGGCAUGGCAGCCAAUCCUCACGCCCAAGACGGUCAUUCCGCUCUUCUUCGUCAUAGGAAUUAUAUGCGCACCUAUUGGUGGACUGUUGAUUUAUGCUAGCUCUACAGUUAAAGAACUUCGCAUCGAUUACACCGACUGCUUCCGGGAUUCUCCUACCGACGAAGCUAGACUGAUGGACACGAGUUUGGUGUUUCCGUCUUUCAAGGAUAAUAAUACAAUCAACGCCAUGUGGCAGCACUCUUUAACUAACCAAACUUACGGCAACUACCUUGUUCAGAAUCUCACCAAGUGCACUCUGACAUUUGCGAUACCUGAAGAGAUGGCCCCGCCCGUUCUUCUCUACUACCGCCUUGAAAAUUUCUACCAAAAUCAUCGCCGCUACGUCCAGUCCUUCUUUGAUAAACAGCUUGCCGGCAAUGAUGUCUCACUUACCGAUGUUUAUGAUUCCAACUGCGAGCCCCUGGCUACAACUAAUGGUACACACCCGAAUUCGAGAGCCUAUUAUCCUUGUGGCCUGAUUGCCAACUCGUUAUUUAACGACACUUUCCAAAGCCCCAUCUUUUUGAACCCACCAGGUUCAAAUGGCCCAGAGGGCAACGAAACUUAUGUUAUGAAGAACACUUCGAUCUCCUGGGAAUCGGAUAAAGAGCUAUAUAAGCCUAGGGUGAGCACCGACUAUAGCAACAUCGUCCCGCCCCCUAACUGGCAGAUCCGGUACCCCGAUGGCAACUAUUCUACUGAAAACCCCCCGCCCAACUUGCACGAAGACGAACACUUCAUUGUGUGGAUGCGUACAGCGGGUUUGCCGACUUUUAGCAAACUAUAUAUGCGGAACGAUACGAGCCCUAUGAGAAUGGGUACCUAUUCUAUGGAUAUUAUUGAUAAUUUCCGCACGGAUCAGUACCAGGGUAGGAAGAGUAUUGUCAUCACAACGCUGUCCGUCAUGGGCGGCAAGAACAACUUCCUAGGUAUACUGUGGCUCGUUGUCGGUGGCUUCUGUAUUGUAUUAGCAUUAGUGUUCCUCAUCACGAACCUUAUUAAGCCCCGGAAGCUCGGUGACCACACCUAUCUAUCGUGGAACAACGCCCCAUCAUCCGCGGCCGCGAAGGGCAAAGGCAAGGCGUCCGGCCCAACGAUAGCACGGGACGGCGGAGUCGGAAUGGUUUAA